UGGUCCCAAGUAGAGUGCAGUGGCUGUGUUCCUGGAGACAGAGGAGGAGAAAGUGCCCGAUUUUGGGGGGGUCUGCUUCGAAAAUCACGUCUGACUUUGAUCUUUCUUUUUUAUGAAAGGAGAAGGAAACCCUUGAAGCUACUUCUGCAAGAACAGACAGACACAGGCUCAAGUGGUGGGACUGGAUCUAGAUCUGCAUGGGUGACAGAAGCUCCUCUCACUGAUCUGGAUGUGUCAAAGAGGAGGGACGGUUUGUGCUAGGUGAACAUGGCGAUCAACACGGAUGCCAACUUCCAGAGAUCCAGUUUGGGUGAGGGCGGAGGAGGCGCUCCGCCGCCAGACUUCCAGGAAACUGAGAAACUACUUGCAGUGACCACUGAGCCUGGAGGGAACCAGAUGAACAUGUCCACCUCCUUCACGGUCAACGUGGGCAGCGACAAGGGUCUGGAAGCCGAGGAGAACGGCCACAGCGUCUCCGUGAGAUCGGGCUCCACCGGGCAGCUGGCCGCCUCCGCCCCUCUCUCCCCUUCCAAGGCGAGUCUGAGCCGCUCCUCCACCGGCAACGCAGUCCAGGAGACCCCGAAGCCCCGGGAUUACCUCAUCCUGGUCAUCAUCUCCUGCAUUUGCCCCGUUUGGCCCAUCAGCAUCGUGGCACUGGUGUACUCCAUCAUGUCCAGAAACAGUCUCCAGGCGGGGGACAUAGACGGGGCCAAGAGGCUGGGUAAACUGGCUCGUCUGCUCAGUAUCGUCUCCAUUGUCUUGGGCGUGGUCAUGAUCACAGUCUACGUCUCAGUUUCAGUUUCCAAAUGAACUCGCGAGAGAUGAUCUUUCAGCAAGUAAACAAAUGAAAAACACCAUUCAGAGAUGCAUGUAUUAGAAUCUGGUUAGCAUUUGCUUGACAAAAAUAAUGAAAAUCCUGAUGUAAAUCUGUCAGGUUAAAACAGAGGAGGAAGAAAAUGCAGAUUUGUUUGUGGUCAGAAGGAACCCCGUGUGUUUCCCAGUGUGGAACAUGGACUUCUCUCAAUGAAGACAAUAAUCUGUGUAUGAGGAGAGAGCGACUUUCUCUGUAUGAGAUGGAGCUUCUUUCGAAAAAUGGAUUUGGGGUUUGGUCUCCAAACUUUGGACAGCUGCAUAUAAUCCUCAUAUAUUCCUCAUCGAAUCUUUUGCAUUCAAAGCAUAUACAGUUACAAAUAUAUUUGAAAUGUGGAUAGAAAAAAAUUACAUAUAUACAUUGUAUAUGUACAUUUUAUAUAAUGUUUGUAUGCCAAGCGGUGCUGGGUUUGCUAAGGCUGUCAUAGUGGCUGCUUUGUCAGUACCUGGAUGCUCAGUGGAAACUCAAAGGUUUGUGAAAGUGGGCAGGGGACAUAAUUGUUUUUAUUUAUUAUAAUUUUUCAUUGAAAACAAAAAAAAAAACAAGACCAAGUGCAUGCCUGAAUGUAGAUCACCGAACCUCUGCCUUCAUUUUGACUGUUAUUUCCAUGUUUCUUACCUUUUCCAGGAGUCUGAGAGACUAGCAGGUUUGCACAUGUGAGGCUGUUUUGUGUACAUCUAAUUAUUUACCACAAACAUGACUUAGUCUCAGCUACACCUUCAGGUGUUGUUUCUCCUCACCAUAUUCCCUUAUAAUUAAUUUUACGUGUGUGCGUGCACGCGUGCGUGUGCAUGUGUGUUUGCUGCCUUUCUACACCAUUGGCAUUGUUAUACAAUGACUGUUAAAUGUCACUGAUUAUUUCACUGAAUGUUUUUUCCAGCUUGUUGUAUUGGUAUAAAAUGUAUUUAUAUAGGAAAAUAUAUAUGCAAUAUGUACGCAUGCUAUGGGCCAAACAGGCUGACACAAACUUUUUUUUUUUUUUUAACAACGAGCGGGUCUAUAAGUUUAACUUAGUAACAAUGAAAAGCAUUUAAACAAAAAACACAAGCAUUCUGUAAAGUUCAAGCCUGACAAAUUGUCUGUAUUCAUAAUUUUAUCGAAGAGAUGCAGUUUAUUGUUCUGCCUGUGGAUACAUAUAACAAGUAUGUUACAGUGACAUGUACCAGGCUUGUGAGCAGAGAUAAAAUUCAGUAACACUAUGUUGCAUUAUUCAGAUCAUUUGGAUAGAUUUUGGGGGCAAUAAUGUUAUUUGGAUGGCGGGGUUAAUUUACAUUUUGUAUCAUUUUCAUUUUGAUAAGUUACAGUGCUUGUUUUCACUUGCUCAUACAGUUCAAACAAGUGAAACCUUAUAGCUAUAUUAUGCUGCUAAAGUGAUACUACCAAGUCCUCAUCAUCAUCAGUGAAAGGAUGUACAACUGCUAACUGUCGAGUUAACAGACUUUCAAGUCCCCGUUCAUACUCGUGGUUGUACAAAAAGUCACUUUAGCAAAACAUCCGAAAGCAGCAAAAUCCAAAGAUGCCCUACUGUUUACGUAGUGCAGGCGACAGCCCUACUGUUUUUCUUACAUCUACAUUUUUCAUCUGGAACAAUUGGCGAACAGAAGCCAACUGUCAGUAAAACAGUUCAAACUUUUCCACUUCAUUUCCGUGUAUUAAUGUGUUUCCUUUCCAGUAUAUUGUAUGUGCCAGUUCACCUCUCUGUGGUGUACAUUUUGCAUGUCAGGAAUAAACAUUACCAUGCAUGGUCCAA